AUGGCGGACGAAUUAGGGUUGCGAUUGGGGAAAGUAUCUAUUGCAGAGGCGGAGAAGCUGAUUAUCAACAUAGAAGAAAAAGAUGCUAAGAUCAGUGUUGAGGAAUGUCGAAGAAGCUUGUUUUGGAAAAUAGUGGGGGAGAAGAAAGCUAAUUGGCUGGGAAUCAAGAGAACGAUGGGAAUGCUAUGGAGAUUGGGAAAUUCUUUUGAAGUACGGGAGCUCAACUCACAUGGGGUGCCGAUUAACUGCAAUGAACUGAAGUGGGGGAUAAAGCUUGAGAGAGCUUUUAAUGGUGUUAAGAAUGUUAUCCUAGCGAGAGCAGGAAAUCAAGAAGGUAGGAUUAUCCGCCUGCAAGCUAUCCUGAAUAUAAGAGAACCAUUACCGAGGUGGACUACUAUCAGACUAGGAGAUCAGGUGGUCACAAUUCAAUUCAAAUAUGAAAAGAUUGUUAGCCUAUGCUACUACUGUGGUAGACUUGGCCAUGUUGAUAAAAACUGCCCCAAACGAAAAGAUGACAUAAUGAAAAAGAGUGUUAAUGAAGGCCAAUAUGGAGAAUGGUUGAAGGCUGCAGAAGGGGUGGUUAUAUCAGAGUCUCCACCAGCUAGCAAGAACAGCGAGCCUUCCUCAAGCAGGAAGAAUGUUCCAUCCUCCUCUUUUGACCAAAGAGAAACAGUCCAACCCCAUGAAAAUUCUGAGACCAAUGAGAAUGAGAAACAAGGGGUUCAUGCCCACUCAGAAGGCAAUAUAGAGAGGAGCAUCUGUGUAGUAGAAUCCUCUGCUUCUUAUGCAGAGACAAAGACCCAAAUAAUAACCAGACCUCGGGUGAGAUGCAACAAUUACCAACUGGGAGUGAUUGGAGCUUGGAUUUAA